AUGGCUGAGAAUCAAGCAUCUUCUCUCCAACAUGCGACGAAAGCUGUCAGACGCAUAGAAGUUGAGAAGCGGAACUUUUGGGCUGCUUUACAGCUCAGCAUACUCCAAACGCCACUUUCAUUUUCCAUGGAUGUUGUGCCCAAAGGAAAAAGGUAA